AAUUCUGGGAAAGAUUUCUUACGAUAUUGUAAACAUUGAGGAUAAAAUAUAACCAACGAAUUGUCACGAAUAGUCUAGAUCUAUUAUUCUAUAGAUAGAUUAGAUUCUAAAUCUGGAUUAUUUUUAGAUCUAGAUUGAAAAGUAUAGUCUAGAGACGUAUUAUUCUAUCUAUAGUCUAUAUCGACUAGUCUAAGUCUAAGACUAAAUUUGUCUUAAAUUUAUAAGUAAAUUUUGAUGAGUAGAGAGUAGAGUGUAGAGUAGUGUCAAGUGUGUGUCAGUCAGCGUGAGUUAGUGUUACAGAGAGUGAGAGAGACUGAGAGAGAUUACUCAUACUACUCAUACUCAUAGUCAUUACCCAUCAUUACUGAGAUCAAACUAGACCUAGAUCUAUCAGAUACAUCAUCAUACAUCAUUUAUUUAUCAUAAUAUACCGUGUCAUACACUAGUGCUAGUCUAGUAUAUAAAGACUGUAUAAAAAAAAUAUAGAUCUAGUUAUAGAGUAGAGUCUAGACUACUGAGUCUACUCUACUUCUCUAGACUUGUCACUUAUGACUUAGAGACUACAUUGUCACUAGAUUUAGAAUUUAGAUUCUAAUCUAGAUCUAGACUGAAGACUCUCUAGAGACCCAUCAUGAUUAAAUGAAAAAAGCUCCUAUUUUUUGGUUUUUAUCUCUAAAAUUAAUCAGGAAUCUAGACUAUAGAGGGGAUACUUAUAGAUUAUAGAUCUUGAGUCUAGAGAGUAUCAAAGAAUCAUUAUGUCCAUCAAACAUCCUAAAAAACGUCAAAGUGAAGAACUUGACUAUUUUAGUCAAGAUGCUGGAUCAACCAGGACCAAAUCUAGAUCAGUUGUGAAACACGAUUCUGUAUAUUCAGAAGGUUCUAUUGUUCGAAUAAAGCUUGUGUCAUUUUUAACCUAUGAUAAUGUUGAAUUCAAUACUGGGCCAUACUUGAACAUUCUCAUUGGACCAAAUGGAACAGGAAAGUCUGCCAUUGUCUGCGCCAUUUGUCUUGGUUUGGCAGGCAAAACUAACUGGCUGGGACGUGCAAGUGAUCCUAAAGAUUUCAUUAAAUAUGGAGCAGAGAAAGCUGUAAUUGAAAUAGAAUUGUUUAACCCAUACAAUGACAGCAAUUACAUUAUUUGCCGUGAAAUUUUCAAAAGCAAAGCUUCUAAUUGGUUAAUAAAUAGAAGAACGACAAACCAAAAAGCGGUGGAACAGCUGGUUGCAAAAUUAAAUAUUCAGAUUUCUAACUUGUGCCAGUUCUUACCUCAAGAAAAAGUUGCAGAUUUCGCUAGAAUGUCUCAGCAGGAGUUACUGGAAAACACAGAAAAAGCUAUUGGUAAAGAUGAACUUUAUGAAACACACCAAAAGCUUAAAGACGCUCGCCAGAAAGCCAAGUCAUUUGAACAGGAUGUUGACAAGUAUCAGCAGGAGCUUGACAGAGAAAAGCAGAAGAAUGCAAGACUGGAAGAGGACGUGAAGUGUUAUCAUGACAGAAAGAACUUCUUAAAAAAAGUGGAUAUUUUAAAAAUGAAAAAACCAUGGUUGGAAUAUCAGUAUCUGAAAGAUGUGUUUGAGCGCGGUAAGGCAGAGAAAGACAAGAAGGCUGAGGAGCUGAAAGAGGCUAAAAAGUAUUUACAUCCAUUAGAGAAAAAAUGUGCAUCUUUGAAAGCUGAAUUAGAAAAUUUAAGGAGAGAGACAGCUGACUUAUCUCAGAAGUUAAGAUCUAAAACAAAGAAUGUCACGGAUCAAAGGCAGAAUAUAAAUGUUGUAACAGAAAAGAUACAAGAGACCAGAAAUGAUUUUGAUGCUAAAUUAAAAGAAGAGGAGACAAGGAAACAAAAAUUGCAUGAUCUUCAAGAACAGUUGAAAGCAUUAGAGAAUGCAUUGGCAGAGAUUAAAGAAUCAGAUACUCACACGCUUACUAAAAGUUUUGAAAAGGUAACUGAAGAGACUCGUAAUGUGAGUUUAGACAUCAACUCUGUUCAAGCUGAUGGGGAAGUGUUGCGCCAAGACAUUGCAGCUUUAAGACAAGAGAAAAAAGGUUAUGAGCAUCAACUUCAGAACAUUAAAAACAUCAAUAACAGGCGUCUUGAAAUGUUGCGGGGUUUACAUCAGGAUACCUACGAGGCUGUCCAGUGGUUGCGGUCCAACAGCUCUCUUUUUAAACACACAAUUUAUGAACCCAUGAUCAUAAGUCUGAAUGUCAAUAAGCCAGAAGAUGUCAAGCUUGUUGAGAAUCACAUCAGCUUCAAGGAUUUGAAAGCCUUUGUGUGUGAAGAUCCUGAUGACCUAAGCCUCUUUUUAAAGCAAAUGUCAACAUUGAAGCUGAGGGUAAAUGCUGUCAAAGCGCCACCAAAAUCUUCUAAAAAUUUUCAGCCUAAAUACCCUAUCAGUCAUUACCAAAAAUAUGGUUUUGUUGCAUAUAUUCAAAGUUUGUUUACCUGUCCUGAGCCAGUCAUGAACUAUCUUUGUCUAAUGUACAAUGUACAUGUUAUACCUGUUGGAUCUAUAGUUGUAAAAAAACAGCUACAGCAAAUUCAUUCAGAGUGUCCAGAGCUGACCACAUUUUAUUCACCAGAUGAUCAGUUUACCAUCAAAAGAUCCAGAUAUAAUAACAGUGUUUCAUCUAAGAAUACUGCCUUAAAACUUCCCAAAGCUUUAGCUGAUUCCCUGAAUGUUGAAAAAGAACAUGAGCUUCAUAAACUGAUGAAGGAAGUUGGUGAUAAACUAAUGGCGAAAGAAGAUGAAUAUAAACUUCUUCAAAAAAAAUCUGAACAGCUCGAGUUAAAAAUCAAUGCCCUUCGUGAGGAAAAGAGAAAUUUAUUGAAGCAACGAGACCAUAGGAAAAAUAUUGAGAGCCAAAUAACAACCAAAAAUCAAAGAAUUCAGCAAGUUAUGAAAGAAGAAUUGAAUGUGAAUGCCGAGAAGAAGAAACUGAAACUUUUGUUAAACUCAUUUAUCAAAGAAAAGAUCAAAUGUUUAGAGACUAUGAAAAAGCUUGUACUUGAAUAUUUGACUAUGACUAAAGAGAGGACAACCAAAAUUCUCAAACUGGCCAAACUUGACACAGAUUUCAUCCAUAAUGACACAAAGCUACAGAAUGAAAAGCAAAGAUUUGAAGCAUUGGCGAGAGAAGUGAAAGAAUUUCAAGAACAAGCUGAAGAGUGGAAGCAACAAGCCAGAGAAAAACUGAUAGAGGCAAAGAAAAGAGCAGAUAUAGGACUAAAUGAUAACUUGGAAACAGUUCUAACAGCAAGAGGAGUUUGGGAAGAUUUUAAAAAUGCUCCAUCAAAAAUUGAUGAGCUUGAUAGUGAGAUUCAUAGCAUGCAGGCAAGGGCGGAGUCAAUGUUUCAGAUUGAUGAGAGGGUUGUACGAGAAUUUGAGAAAAGAGAAGAGGAGAUAAGAAAGCUUGAAGAACUAAUCGGUCAGACAGAAUCCAGGCGGCAGACCCACCAGGAGGACAUUACGGAAAGCAAAAGGAAGUGGUUGGAACCAUUACAGAGACUAAUAGAACAGAUUAAUAACAAAUUCAGUCAUUUCUUUUCCUGUCUACAGUGCUGUGGGGAAGUUUCUCUCAACAUUCCUGAGAACUCUGAGGAUUAUGAAAAAUAUGGCGUCUGCAUCAAAGUGAAAUUCCGUGACGAGGAGAGUUUGAGGGAACUAACUGCAUACCACCAGAGUGGAGGGGAGAGGAGUGUUAGCACAGUCUUGUACAUGUUGGCCCUGCAGGAACUCACCAAAUGUCCGUUUCGAUGUGUGGAUGAAAUCAAUCAGGGCAUGGAUCCAAACAAUGAAAGAAAAAUUUUCACACUUGUUGUGCAAACUGUCUGUAAGGCUUGUGCAUCCCAAUAUUUUCUUCUUACUCCUAAGCUGCUUCCAGACCUGGACUAUGAUAAACAUAUUACAGUACUUUGUGUCUACAAUGGACCAGAGCUCCUGGAUUACAAGCAGUGGUCAUUGAAGAAGUUCAUUGAAAGAAGAGAACGUCUAGAACUAGUGGAAUAAAUCCCAAUGAAACUUAGAAUGUUUCUUUUGUUUUACUGUCAUUCAGCACUGGGACCACUCACACUGUGUUACCAUGAUUUUUAAAAAUGAUGCACUCAUGAUUUUACUUUUCUAUUCAUGUAUAUAUCACAGUAAGUAAAGUCUGCUACAACUCACUUCAAGGUUCUCUUUUAAUGUGUUCAUUUCAAUAUUGUUUGUUCUGACAAACAUUGAUGUAGAUAAUAUAAAGUUGCCUUACUGACAUUUAUCUCAAUGUUGUUGGUUUUUUUAAAUCAACUGACUGACAAUACUGACUUUAAAGGAUAAAAUCUUAGUUUAGCUUGUGUGAAUACUUACAAUAUAUAAAUAAAAAGCAUAACGUUUAAGCAAUGGCAUAUAAGAAUUCACUAAGUUGCUUCUCACUUACAAUAAGAUUGUUCAUGUUGUCUGUGAUAAGCUGAUGUAAGAGUGAGAUCAGAAAGCAAAAAUGAAAGUAAAGUAUGUGUAUUUGUGGGUGAUUUGCUUUGGCUUUAAGGCAUGUCUGGUGCUUUGUUGUCAUUGGAUGUUUGUGCAAGCAAUAGUUUGUUAAUGUUACGUAACAAAUGUUCUCAACCCUCUCAGAAUUAUUAUCACCUAAAAAAAAGCAACUUGGUUUUGUUGUAUGUAAAAUCUUAUUUCUUAAACUUUUCAUUUAUUUAAAACUAUGAUCUUGUACAAAAAUAGUAUAUAAGUAAAUUUUUAGAAGCAUUUGUCACUGAAUUUUUUGCUAUAUAUUUUUUACUUGCUUGUUUCAAUAGUGGUGUAGUAACAUACUUAAUACUUUUAAUCAGUUUUUUUUGUUGGUGCUAAUAUACUUAUAUGCUAAUGUAUUUUUUUAUUUAUUCAAAGUAAUCUGCCAGCACACCAAAAUACUAGAAGGUAGCUAUUUUUAUAAUUACAAUUUACUAAAUUGAUGCAUUCUAUAAUAUAUAUUUGUUUUGUUUGAAAUAGUACUAUGGUUUUAAAACACUGAAAUGACUGCUGCCUUAAACUGGUAUCACUUAUUUAGAGUAAAGUAUUUUUAAAGAUA